UCACGUCAGUUUAAUUUUACAUCCCUCAAAAUGUUCAUAGUGAAUGUGCUGAACUCCACCUGUGGUUCCUCUGCUGGUUCAUAUGUGUGAACUUGAGGGGAACUGACUUCAUACUUCCACAAAAAAAAAAAAAAAAUCAUGAACUAGCCUUUAGCCUGCUCUUUAGCAUGCCGCCUCCCAUGCUGGAGACCCCGGUUCAAAUCCCGCUCGGAGCAGGUGGAGCUGGACCGGUUACACACCGAUAAACUUUUUUGGCCGAUACUGAUAUUUACCUAUACCAAGCUUUUUAUUGUUCUUUCCACAAAUAAUUUGUGUAAAAAUACUGUAGAUGGGAUCUUUUAAACACAUGACAAGCCAAAAUUUUAAGAGAGGCACAAUGAAAGAAAAUAGUGCAUAAAAGUUACGAUUGAUGUGAAAAGUUUAUUUUCCACUUCUAAAACAUUUUGACACUUCUGUUUUCGCAGUUCUAAUAUCAAACCAUUUAGUAGUCGACCGAUGACUUUUCCUGUUUGGCCGAUUCAUUUCUUGAGGGUGAUGAGAAUCGCCUGUUUGCAUGUGAAGCAACUGAGACAUGUAAACGACCAGUCACAGUUCGUUUUGUUGUUACGUGCCAUCGUGUUACUACAAUAAUAGACUGGUGUGCAACACAGUCUCAUUUUAAUGGUCCACAUAUCAGAGCCGUGACAGAUGUGUUUGAGCUCAUAAUGUUAAAGUGCUCGUCUGUUUCAUUCCCCCUCUCAUUCCUCAACAGUUUCCUGUAACUUUUCUAAUGAUAAAAGGCAAAUAUCAAUAAAACUAAUAUCAUAUUCCAUCUGCCAAUAUGUGUAUAUUUAAUUUAUAAGAUGUAAUAAACCAACCUCACACAACUUCAGCAGAUCCAGCAUCCUGUAGAGCACUCAUUUAUUUACCUGUAAAGGACGUAUUCUAACAGUCUCCCCUUAACAGUUUCCUGUAACUUUUCUAAUGAUAAAAGGCAAAUAUCAAUAAAAUUAAUAUCAUGUACCAUAUGCAAAUAUGUACAUAUCUAAUUUAAACAUUAAUUCACGAGCCUCACGAAAAUCCAGCAUUUUCUUCCCAUCGAGCACUCAUCUAAUAUCUUCCUCUGAAGUGCGUUUUCUAUCAGUCAGAAUCAAAAACUUCAGGAUCAAAAGUUCCUCUGAUUCACACAUCAUGACGGUCAGUCCGUGAAAUCCAAGCAGGCGAUCCGGGCCUUUUAAACCGUCAGGAGAUUGAGGUUUGCGCUGGUUCCGCACGAGCGCGUGAGUGCAACUUCAAAGCUGCGUCUGAAACCAGGAAAAUGCUGCCUCCGGAGGCUUUAUACGGAGGUACGAUGAAAAUAAGCUGCUUUUCAAACUGUUCGGAGAUCAGUUUCCAUAAGAGUUCCAUUCAUUCAAAGCAGAUGUCAAUUAAGCCAUUAAAUGAUUAGGCAGCAAGGUAGCAAGUCAGCUGCCUAUGAUUUCGGUUGCAGCCCAAGGUAAAUGCGCGUCACGUGUGCUAUAAGUAAAUGUCUUAUUCACUGUGUACUGUAUGUACAGUUGGUUUGAAUCUGUAUUUUUUGAGUAAAUGUGAUUGCUAAUGUGCACAUGCCAUCCAUGGUUGCUGGACUACUGUGUGUUCUGUUAUUUCCUUCUUCCUAAUAUAUGAACAAUUUCUUCAUGUGCAAAUAAAUUAAAAAAAAAUUGAUGAUUAAAAAGAAAUCUGAGGAAACUGCUAUCUGCCAUUUAAAAUACAAUAUUAUUUUUUUAGUUUUGAGUGAAAUUGAGUAAAUAUAGUGCUAAAGAGUUUAUUAUUAUUUAUUUUUUGCAAUUUUAUGUUUGUUAUUUACUAUAUUUGUGUUAUAUAUCGGCAUUGUAUCGGCCUAUCGGCCACCCUGCUCUCUGGAUAUCGGCAUCGGCCAUUACAAAACCCAUAUCAAUUGACCACUAAAACCAUUUGUAUGUUCAUUGCUGUGAGAUAUUUGAUCAUCACGAUUUGUUCUGUUUUUGUGUGUAUCUCAUACUAAAUUGUUUCAAUAAUUCUAACAAAAGCUAACAUUAAACAAAGGCAAUCUGAGUAAACCCCAAAUACAGUUUUUAAAUGAUAACAUUAUAUACUGAAGCAAAAAUGUUAUCCAAUACCAUCUUGGCUUGUGUGAAAAAGUAUUUGCCCUUAGUUACCAAAUCCCCAAAUAUAAAACUGCAUUCCUAAUGGGGUUCAGCUGGACUAGACACACCCAGACCUGAUUACUAUUUAAUAGAACUUUUUCAGCAGCAUGAAGUUGGCUAAAAGGUCUCACCCAGUAGCACACUAUGCCAAGGUCGAAAGAAAUUCCAGAAAUGAUGAGGAAAAAGGUGACUGAAAUACAUCAGUCUGGGAAGGGUUACAAAGCUAUUUCAAAGGCUCUAGGACUCCAAAGAACCACAGUGAGAGCCAUUAUCUCCAAAUGAUGAAAACUCGGCACAGUAGUGAACCUACCCAGAAGUGGCUGCCCUUCCAAAAUUCCUCCAAGAGCACAGCGACGACUCAUCCAGGAAGUCACAAAAAAGCCAUCCGAGGAACUGCAGGCCUCUCUCACAUGAAUAAAGGUCACUGUUCAUGACUCCACUAUCAGAAAGACACUGGCCAAAAAUGCCAUCCAUGGAAGAGUGGCGAGGCGGAAACCACUGCUAACCCAGAAGAACAUUAAAGCUCGUCUGAAUUUUGCCAAAACACACCUUGUUGAUCUUCAAACCUUUUGGGAGAAAUUUCUGUGGACUGUUGAGUCAAAAGUAGAACUGUUUGGAAGACCGGCGUCCCAUUACAUCUGGGGUAAAUCAAACACAGAAUUCCACUGUGGUGGUGGGGGUGUGGUUAAGCGCUGGUUUGUGAAUGGAGAGCGAGAUCAGGAGAUGAGAAUGGUAAGGAUCAUCACCUGGCAAUGAUUUCCUCUAAAAGCUUGUAACAGUUAAGGAAAGGAGGAAGCUGGGGCCGGCUUCACAAAACACGUAGACAUUUAUUGUUGCACUUUUCAGUCACACACAAUAAGACACCGCUUUUCAGCAGUACACAAAAUGUUUGCUUUUCAGCAUCCACCACACUGACGUGCAGACACACAUACAGACAGCUUUGUGUGUCUCUCUCUCCCGUCUGCUGCUGUCUCCUUAAAUACUCCCGCCGCCCCUCACUGGAAUGCGAGACCGGUGUGGCACACAGGUGGACCUCAUUCAUCAUUUAUCUUCCUCGCCUCGCUCUGCCCAGACGCCUUUCGGCCCCGCCCUGCUCGCCACACAGCUGUUUGUCAUUGCAGUGAGAGUGGAGACUGGCUUUUAAGAGCGAACCAGAUGCCAGUGAGAGAUAGAGAUAGCUGCACGGAGCAGAGUGUUCCAGAGUGCAACAUGCGUGUUGUGCUGAAAAGCCUUAUUUGAGUGUGUCUACUGAAAAGUAGGAUAUAUAGACUGUGAAAAUGGUGGGAAAUAAAGCCCUUUGAGUUGGAUCUCGCCGUCUCUCGCUUCCUCCUUGUCACGAAAAUGAAGAACGUUGUUACACUGGUACCCAAACCCAGGAAUUAAAGGAGGAAGAAUGCCGCCAUGGAUCCCUCACCUCUGGAGGGCGUGGUCAAGACCCUCGCGAGAAUCCACCAGACGCAACAUCAGGACCUCCUCGAGCUGCGCACUGACAAGGAACCAAGUUAACAAUCAAAAAGACUUUAAUAAACACUGACGAAGACUUAAAAGCACACACUCAAAACACUGCUGCGUGCGUCUCUCACUGGCGUCUGGCUCGCUCUUAAAAGCCCGUCUCCACUCUCACUGCAAUGACAAACAGCUGUUAGAGGAAAUCAUUGCCAGGUGAUGAUCCUUACCGUUCUCAUCUCCUGAGCUUGCUCUCCAUUCACAAACCGGCACUUAACCACGCCCCCCAACACCACAUCCACAAAAAGAACAUCAUACCUAUGGUCAAGCAUGGUGGUGGUAGUGUGAUGGUGUGGGGAUGCUUUACUGCUUCGGGGUGACUUGCAAUAAUUGAGGGAAACGCGAAUGCUGCUCUCUACUAGAAAAUCCUAAAGGAUUACAUCCGGUCAUCAGUCCGCCGCCCGCUCACGCAGCACAUAUAUUGCCAUAUUGCGAUUUCAAUCUAAUCAAUCGUACAGCCCUAAUGGAUAUCGUACUAAUGUUUUAGAAGUCAAUGUCUGCAGGUUUGACAGCGUUUUGGAUGUAAAGGUAAGUGCCACUUUCACAACCGUUAUGUGCACGUUAAUGUGACAGUGGGAAAGAAAAGAUAAAUAUUACAUGUUCUUAGGAGUGUUAACCCUUCUACAUUCUGUGGCUACUGUUAUUUCUGGAUUGUGCAUUUGAAUUUUUUGAGUUUUUACUAAGUGUGUUGAUAACUAAUUAUAAAUCAACCAUGACUGCUAUGCCGAUGCUUUUAAUUCGGUUAAUAAUUGGCCAAUAAAUAUCAGUGGCCUAACAUCAGUACAUCGCUAACAAAUACUUUUUUGGGCCACUGUACUGUAUGCACAUAGUAAAAAGCUCUCAGGUUCCUUUGUUGGUCAGUUGAUUUUGUCUUGCUCUCUGACCACACCCCAAAACCACCAUUUUCAGCCAUGUUAUAAAUAGUUUGUAUGAUAAUUACUGUCUUACUAUUACUUAUUAUCAUGUUCCAUUUAGAUGCAAAUAGAGGUUCAUGCUCCGAUGAAGAAUCGGCUUCUACAUCAAAAGAGUGUCUGACAGCACAGAGUCUCUCCUGCAUCCCCUGUGAGAAGACAUUCAGUUUACAGGAACAUUUAACGAGAUAUCAGGGAAAACACACAGAGCAGAAACUCUACACCUGCAGGACAUGUGGAAGCAGCUUUUCUACCUCAAAAGAAAGGAACCGUCAUUCAAAAGUGCACAGACCACAGAAGGAGUUCCCCUGUGACCAGUGCGGGAAGGUGUUCUUUGUUGGUUAUGUACUAAAAGCUCACAUGAAGACACACAGUGAUGAAAAGCCUUUUCAAUGCAGUGAGUGUGGCAAACGUUUCAAAACUAAAAAAAGUCUUGUUGCCCAUAAGAGAAUACACACAGGGGAGAAACCGUACAAGUGUCCUCACUGUGAGAAGAGAUUCAACCACAAUCCCCAUCUGAAGAAACAUGUCCGUGUGCACACCAAUGAGAGGCCGUAUCAGUGCAGUGAAUGUGGGAAAACAUUUGCACGAAUAGAUUCUCUAAAGUCACACAAAGAAUUACACUCUGAGGAGAAACUCUAUCAAUGCUCACACUGUGAUAAACGUUUCCAUCAAAAAACUAAUCUGAUGCGUCAUGAGAGAAGGCACUCUGGAGAGAAACCUUACCUCUGCUCUCAGUGUGGAAAGAGCUUUUUUACUCGAGGUCAGUUGAGUUAUCAUGUGAGAGUGCACACGGGAGAAAAACCUUAUAACUGUAGCGUUUGUGGGAAGAGUUUCAGUCAUCACUCUAAUUUAGUGAUGCACCAGAGGACACAUACUGGAGAAAAACCUUACAAAUGCACUCAGUGUGACAAAACGUUUGCUCAUCCAGCUAGCUUGAAAAAUCAUCAGAGAGUGCAUACAGGAGAGAAACCUUACAGCUGCUCCAUCUGCGAGGAGAGAUUCACUUAUUUAGGAAGUUUUCACACUCACAAGAAGAAACAUGCUAAAGAACAAACUGUCCUGGAAUCAUCAUAGCAUCUUUUCAUGGCUCAAGGUCUGAAAAAGUUUUCAGUUCAAUGUAGUGCUUGUCAUUAUAUUGAAUAUAGAUGAAUAUUCUUAAUCAAAUUAAGCAAUAUCGUGGGUAUCACCAUGAUUUUAAUGCACUUUUUAUUUGCCGUGUCAUUAGACUAAUUUCACAAUCCUUCAGGCAUGCACAAUUAUUUAACAAAGUUAUUAGUUAAUGUUUGGAAAUGUUAUUUAUGAUGUGAAAGUGUAUCAGAAAAUGUAGAAAGUAAUUCCAAAUAAUUUGUAGGUAUCAAAUUGGGAUCGUAUAUCAAGACAUUUAAAAAAGAGUUAUGAGUUUAUUAUUAACUUUCAUACAGUAGCAAUAAUAAUGGUUUAAAGGCAGUGCAAUGAAUAAUGCAAUGUAUUUGCACGCAAUGAAGGAAAAUUAAAUUCUUUAUUCAAAUAUUUAUGUUGCACAAAUAUGAAACAAAUUAAUGUAGUUUGUUUCCCAUUUUUUUGAUGAUUUGUUUUAGUUUAGCACCUGCACCUUUGUAUUCUGGAUGUGCACGCUUUGAAGUUUUAUAAUUGUCUUCAAGCCUAUUUAUUGUUCCAAACAAAAUUAUAAUUUAUUCAGGUAUUGAACUUUAUCUGUUUUUCAGUGGGAAUUUUUCCUGUCUUUAGUAUGUUUAAAAAAAUUACAAUGUUUAAUCUGAAUGGAUAUUUAAAGGAGAAAUAACUACUUGAAUUUUAAUAUUUAAUUAAAUUUAACACAUGGAUCUGUCAAUCCUUGUGUAAGCCUAUGCUGCAAACAAAAUAAAUACAACUAAAAUGAAAAAAGUAAAUAGAAAUAGUGUUUCACAUAUUUGUCCCACUUUACCAGUUUUGCCUGGAAAAAAACAUCUGAGGUUUGUUUAAAAAAGAUUGCUGAAUUGACGUGGAAAUUUACGUAGAAAUGCGUGUAUCAAAUAUGAUACGACAGUCUUUUGAGGCACAUCUCUCAAUUACAUUGCAUUUCAUUCAUAUUCACAAUAAAAAAAACAGUUUGAAAACACUGACAAUUUAUGUAAGAUACAUUUAAAGUGGGAACUGAUAUUUAUGUGUUUUUAUAAAUGAUAUAGUUUUCUGCUAUGUCAUUUUGAAAUAUAUUGUUUUACAUGACAAGCUAAUAUGAUGUCAUCUUAUUAUAACUUGUCAAUGUCAGUAUAGUGUUUGGUGCAUAAAAAGCACAUGAACAAACAAACAAACAUUUUAUUCAUAUUUGAUUUGAUGUGCUAAAUUGUAAUGUCAUUGUGUUGGUGGGGGGGCGUGGUUAAGUGCCAGUUUGUGAAUGGAGAGCGAGAUCAGGAGAUGAGAACGGUAAGGAUCAUCACCUGGCAAUGAUUGUCUCUAACAGCUGUUUGUUAUUGCAGUGAGUGGAGAUGGGCUUUAAGAGUGAGCCAGACGGCAGUCCCGACAGAGAGUGAUGAGACACGAGCUGGAGAAAGACUCAAAUGUUUUAUGUCUGAAAACCGGAGUUCUGAGUGCGACCGCUGAAAAGCAGAAAUAUUAAGUUUAAAAGAAAUAAAAACGUACCGUUUGAGUUGGAUUCGUCGUCUUCCCACUUUGCCGUCUCCCACUUCCUCCUUUUCUUUAACUGUGAACAUUGUUACACUGUUGCCGAAACCCGGGAUUAAGGGAGGAAGAACGCCGCCAUGGAUUCCUCACCUCUGGAGGACGUGGUCAAGACCCUCGCCAGCAUCCAACAGAUACAGCAUCAGGCCCUCUUCGAGCUGCGCACUGAAUAGGAGCAGCGUUUCAUUGUGAUCCUCCAGGCCCAAGCGGAGGACCAGCAGAUGUUCCGAAGCUUACUGCACCAGAAGGAUGCUGCCGCCGCAACCCCGGACCCCAUGACCACCUCGCCCCAGGUUCUGCUAAUCAAGAUGGGCCCCGAUUAGUUCGCGCCUCACCCAUCCGCUAAUUUUGGGCACGAAUUGGCCAGCGUUUUCCAUGUUAUUUGCAUGGAUGGGUCCUGUAACAGUGUUUCGAUGUGGGAUUUGUGAAGCGCUGGCUGGGGAGGCUGAGCUGGGGCCAUCUACGUCAGUUCCAUGUCAGGAUGACGUAAGAGAGGGGGAAGUCUUGGCUUCUCCAGCCCUUAGAGUAUUUCCCGCAGGGGAUUUCCCACUGGAACAGAUGUGAGUCGAGACUCUUAGGCACGCCUUGAAACAAGUGAGAGUGUUUGAUGGUCACCAUCUUCAGCCAGACAUUUCAUUUGCCUAUCCGUAUUUUUCUAUUAUAAAUGACCAAUUGUAUGGAGUGACACAGGAUGCUCAGACAAAGGAAGAUGCGACCCAGUUAUUGAUACCGAAAAAGAAUUUGUUGGGAUAUUCGCAGAUGGUGUGCGGCAUGCCGUGAAUGUCAGCUGUUGAAUCCGACGGCCACCCCAAGAGGGCCUUUGUGCCUGCUUCCUUUGAUCGAGGUCCCCUUUGAUAGAAUUGGCAUGGACCUCGUUGGGCCAUCAGAGCGGACGGCAUGCGGGCAUCACUUUGUGUUGGUUCUGGUGGACUACGCAACGCGAUAUCUGGAAGCAGUGCCUUUGCGCAACAUCUCAGCACAUAGUGUUGCAGAGGCACUCUUCAAAAUUAUCUCCCGAGUGGGGAUUCCAAAAGAAAUCCUCACUGGUCAAGGCACUACUUUUAUGUCACGUACACUAUGCGAGCUGCACAAAUUAUUGGGCAUUAAAUCGAUUCGGAUAAGCAUAUACCACCCGCAAAUGGACGGCUUGGUCAAACGGUUUAAUAAAACCCUGAUAAACAUGAUUCGUAAGUUUGUGCAUGAAGAUGCUCGGAAUUGGGAAAAGUGGCUUGAACCCCUGUUAUUCGCAGUGCGGGAGGUCCCACAAGCCUCCACGGGGUUCUCCUCAUUUGAAUUAUUGUAUGGGCAUAAGCCUCACGGUAUCUUAGAUGUCGUGAGGUAAAAUUGGGAGGAGGGACCUUCAAACAGCAAAAACGAUAUUCAAUACGUUCUUGACCUGAGAGCAAAACUCCACACUUUGGGGCAACUAUCACAGGAGAAUUUGCUACAGGCUCAAGAACGUCAGACCUGGCUGUAUAAUGGGAUCUCGGCUAUGGGAAUUUACACAGGGAGAUAAAGUCCUUGUAUUACUACCCAUAUCAAGCUCUAAAUUGCUCGCAAAUGUCACAUGGUGAGUCAGGGAAGUCGAUUAUGAGGUUAAAUGCACAGAUGGUGUGGAGCACUUUAGAUUUACCACCUCAACCUCUUAAAACCGUGGAGGGAGGUGGUCCCUGUGGCUUUGCCGAUGGUGGUACCGAAGAGGGAGGAGCUCGGGCCAGAGGUGAACUUAAAAGCCAAUUGCGGCACCCCGGUCACUUGCGGAGACCAACUCUCACCAUCGUAAAUCACAGACGUGGCCCGGUUGCAAAGAGAAUUCUCGGACGUGUUCUCGCCCCUUCCUGGUCGUACGAACCUCAUAAAACACCAUAUCGAAACAACCCCAGGGGUAGUGGUACACAGUCGUCCCUACCGAUUACCCGAUCACAAUGAAAGUGGUUCGAGAAGAAUUAAAUGCCAUGCUAGAUAUGGGGGUAAUAGAAGAAUCCCACAGUGACUGGGCCAGCCUGGUGAUGCUGGUUCCGAAGAGCAUCAGCUCCGUGCAAUUCUGUGUGGAUUAUAGAAAGGUCAGUGUGGUGUCUAAAUUUGACAUGUACCCAGUGCCUCAUAUUGACAAACUUCUCGAUCAGUUGGGUGUGGCUCGCUUUUAUUUUGACACUAGAUUUAACGAAGGGUUAUUGGCAGAUCCCCUUAACUCCAAUGUCCCGUGAGAAAAUGGCCUUCUUCACACCGUUUGGCUUACACCAAUUCGUGACCCUUCCGUUUGGUUUGUUUGGGGCCCCGGCUACGUUUCAGCGCCUUAUGGACUGAGUCCUCAGACCGCACUCUGCGUGUGCCGCUGCAUCAUUAUAUACAGUAAUGAUUGGCAGCGGAAUAUGCAGUAACUGAGGGCGGUUCUGAGGUUGCUGCGAUAGGCGGGACUCACGGCAAACCCCGAGAAGUGCACAAUUGGAUGGGUGGAGGUAUGGUAUCUGGGGUUCCACUUGGGUCACGGGCAGGUGCACUCCCAAAUUGAUAAGACCACAGUGGUUGCGGCCUGCCCGAGACCCAAGACCAAAAAGGAGGUGAGACAGUUCCUGGGGCUGGCUGGCUAUUAUAGGAGGUUUGUGCCUAAUUAUUCGGAUGUCACCAGCCCGCUGACCGAUCUCACUAAAAAGGGAGCCCAGACCUGGUCCAGUGGUCGGAGCCAUGCCAACAGGCUUUUAUGCAAGUGAGAGCUGCGCUUUGUGGUGGGCUGUUGUUACAUGCUCUUGAUUUUUCUUUCUUUUAUUGUACAGACUGACGCGUCGGACAGGGGGUUGGGAGCCGUGUUGUCCCAGGAGGUGGAGGGGGAGGAGCGCCUGGUGCUGUACAUCAGCUGGAAGCUUUCGGCGAGAGAGGUAAGGUACAGCACCUUUGAGAAGGAGUGUCUGGCCAUCAAGUGGGCAGUCCUCACCCUUCAGUACUACCUCCUGGGAUGGGCUUUCACCCUCUGUUCGGACCACACCCCACUCCAGUGGCUCCAUCGCAUUAAGGAUACCAAUGCGUGGAUCACCCAUUGGUAUCUGGCUCUUCAGUCUUUUAAGUUCGAGGUGGUCCACAGACCAGGGGCACAGAUGGCUGUUGCGGACUUUCUCUCCAGAAACGGGGGGGGUGGAGUACUGGGUAGGCCAGAUGGCUCCCCGGCCUGAGUCGGGCGAUGAGGGUAUAUGGUGGUGGGGCUGUAGUUAAGCACUGGUUUGUGAAUGGAGAGCAAGAUCAGGUGAUGAGAAUGGUAAGGAUCAUCACCUGGCAAUGAUUGUCUCUAACAGCUGUUUGUCAUUGCAGUGAGAGUGGAGAUGGGCUUUAAGAGCAAGCCAGAUGCUAGUCCCGACAGAGUGAUGAGACAUGAGCUGGAGAAAGAAUCUAUUGUUUUAUGUCCGCUGAAAAGUUCUGAGUGCGACCGCUGAAAAGCGGAAAUAUUGAGUUUAAAAGAAAUAAAAAUGUACCGUUUAAGUUACAUUUGCCAUCUCCCGCUUCCUCCUUUUCCCUAACUGUGAACAUUGUUACAGUCAUAUAUUACUGUAGACCAAAAAGAGGAUGUUCAUUGCCAAAAUCCCAAACAUUUGGUGUCCCUGAAGACUACUGUAGCAUGCACGGGCAAAGAAAAACUUAAACAACAAAAGUGGAAAAUUAAUUGCUGAUUCUCAGGAGGAUAAUGAUCUUGAUAUUCUACAAAAAAAUUUUUGUUUUUUUAAUGAUUUAUUUUUUUUCAGAUGACUGAUUUUGUCUUUUGACUUUAAUUUCUAUUUGUAGCUAAAUAAGAUUCACUGGUAUUAAUAACAGUUGGUUACUUGAUAUUGUGGGGGGGGGGGGGG